AUGGUGAGCUGGAGCUGGUGGGUGCCCCGGACCUUCACACACACCCCGCAGCCCCCAGACCUUCACACGCUGACCUGCUGCCCUCGGUGUGCGCACACGUACCUCCUGCCGUCAGCGCUCCUGUCCGGCCGGCAUGGACCCCUCCCCUCGCACGGGGCUCCCUCCGGGACCACCGGGCAGCCCCGCUCGGGCCGCGCCGGGGCUGCGGGGGCGGCGGCCGUGGGAGAGCGGGAGCGCCCGGCCGAGAGCUUCCCCUGUCUCUGCUCGGCUCUGGCAGCCGAGCAAGAGCUUCCCCUCCCCUCGCCCCCCCUUCCUCCCCGCGCUCGCAGCAAUGGUUCAUUGUACCAGCCGGCCCCGCCGCUGCCGGAUCGCCCUCCGGGUCACCCCCGGGCCGCCGCGGGCACCGCAGCCACGGCGGGAACAGCGGCAGGGGCUCUCCGGCCCCCGGCAGCACCGGGAGACACCGGCGGGGAUUGCCGGGCUCUGCCUGCGGGGGUUCACGGGGGAUGUGCGGGUCCAGCCCGUGCCACGGCGGGGCCGCCCGCGCCCUUCCCCAAAACCGGGCACAGCCUCCCCGAGACCCCCGCCCAUCCCCAGAGCCUCCCCGAGACCCCCGAGGGAGCGUCCCAGGCAGGGCACAACAAAGGGACAUCAAACUGA